UUUUUUUAUCUUGUUCCUCUCGCCAUGAACUUUUGAAAAAUAACAGAAUACUGACGAGAACGACUUGAUCUCUCGAACAAGGCAGUGAGUCAACAUCACACACUGAAUGUCAAGAUGUGUCACAGAUAUGUCACUUUCAUUGUUUGUCUUUCUUUGCCAGAGGACACACAGGAAGAGGAAAAAACAGCUGCAGAGGAGGAGGCGAACGAAGAACAUGAUGGCGAAGGGGAAGGGGAAGGGGAAGAGGAGGCCGGGGAAGGAGAAGAGGAGGAGGCCAAACCAAAAUUUAAGCCAUUUAUCAUGCCCAACCUCAUCCCUCCUAAGAUCCCAGAUGGAGAGAAGGUGGAUUUUGAUGAUAUACAUCGUAAAAGGAUGGAGAAGGACCUGAUGGAGCUUCAGACUUUGAUCGAGGUUCACUUUGAGAGCAGAAAGAAGGAAGAGGACGACCUUGUUAAUCUCACAAACAGGAUUGAGAAGCGUCGGUCUGAGCGCGCGGAGCAGCAAAGAAUCCGCAGUGAGAGAGAUAAAGAACGACAGAAGCGUCUUGAGGAUGAGAGAACUCGUAAGGAGGAGGAAGAGGCCAAGAAGAGGGCCGAUGAUGAUGCUAAGAAGAAGAAGACCCUCACCAGUCUCCACUUCGGAGGCUACAUGCAGAAGCUGACGGAAAAACGAAGCGGUAAGAGGCAGACUGAGAGAGAGAAGAAGAAGAAGAUCCUGAGUGAUAGACGCAAAUCUCUGGACAUAAACAACAUGAGCCAGGACAAACUCAAGGAGAAAGCUAAAGAGCUGUGGGAGUGGAUGUACGAGCUGGAGGCAGAAAAGUUUGAACUGCAGUAUGAAUUUGGGAGACAGAAAUAUGAGAUUAAUGUGCUGAGGAAUCGUGUCAGUGAUCAUCAGAAAACAUCCAAGCGGACCAAGAGAGGUCUGAGGAAAUAGAUGCCGACAUGCUGAAUGAGAAGUGAAGCCAUCAGCCCAGCCCUGCAGUUAAUACUUUAAUGCAAGCCUUUGAUUUCCUACCACACCUCAAUCUCACCUCAUCAUCAAAUCCUUUUGUUUCGCCCAACUCAAUGCUUCAGUUUACUUUAGUGUCAAUAAAACUGUCUUUAUUCAA